AUGAGUUGUAUCAUGGAUGUUGUUGAGUUGCUUAGACCCUUUAUUGAGACUGAAGCUUGGGACUAUGUUGUUGUUUGGAAAUAUGGAAAUGACCCAACUAGUUUUAUUGAGUGGCUGGGUUGUUGUUGUUGUGGAGGGAACAUUGAGAAGGUGAAGAACAAAGAGGAAAUGGCUGAAAAAUACAAGAUGGCUCCCAUUUGUAGGGAUGCCCUCUUUCCCCAUCCAGUUAGGACAAAGACUUGCGAGGCUCUUGCAAAGCUUCCUUUUGCAAUGUCUCUUUAUUCUAGUGUUCAUGGAGAGGUUGCAAUUUCACAGCAACCAAGUUGGUUUAUCCAGGAGGACUCAAUUGAAACUCAAGUUUUGAUCCCUAUUUUGGGUGGUCUUGUGGAGCUCUUCACAAAAAAGCUGAUCCCAAGAGAUAUAAACAUCCUAGAGUUCAUAUCAGCACAUUGUUGUGUCUCUAUCAAGCAAGAAGUCAUAUCUGCACAGAGCUACACCAAUAUGAACUUCAAUGAGCAUUAUUACCAUUUAACUCCCGGUCUGCCUGCAGAAAACCAUAGCAGCUCUAAUCCUAGCAUUGAAGGACCCUCCAAUGGAUCUAAUCCUUCAACAGAACACUUAUCAUUUGAUUCAAACUUUGAUUGUUUGCUUCCGCAUGAAUAUCUACACCAUCUGGUUGAAAUAUCUCCUAUACCAAAAGUUAAAAGCCGGGGGUACAAUAAAACUUUGAGUUUCCAUUGUGGAAAUGAUGAAGAAGAUGAAGAAGGAACUGUUAAGGAGCCUAAAAAGGAAAUGUAUCAUGCUAAAAAUCUUAACACAGAGAGGAAUAGGAGGAGCAGAAUUAAAAAGGGGCUUUUUACUCUAAGGUCUCUAGUCCCUAAUAUAACCAAGAUGGAUAGAGCAGCAAUUGUUGAUGAUGCAAUUGAAUACAUAAAGGAAUUGCAGAGGCAGAAGAUUGAACUUCAAGAAAAGGUUGAUGUUUUAGAUGUUGAGGAUUGUAAAAAGAACACACUACAAAUGAGGGUGCAAGGAGACAAAGAACAACCUCUCAGUGAGUUUAAUCAAAGUUCUUCUGAUUCCAUUAGAAAGACAGAGAUGGAGUUGCAAGUAGAAGUGAAUCAUGUUCGCAGAACAGAUUUGAUGAUCAAGGUGUGCGGUGAAAUUAAGCGAGGCGGGUUUUCAAAGUUGUUGGAAGCUAUAGAUUCAUUUGGACUGCAUGUGGUAAAUGCAAACAUGACAAGAUUCGACGGCAAAGUCCUAAUCAUUCUAAUGGUUGAGCCAACUGCCAAGGAGAUUCAUCCGACAAAACUUAGAGAGUAUUUGAUACAGCAAACAAGUUGA